AAAUACCGUAUUUUUCACUCCAUAAGACGUACCUGACCAUAAGACGCACCUAGGUUUUAGAGGCGAAAAACAAGAAAAAAAAUAUUCUGAACCAAUGGACUGCAGACACAGUACAGGAGAUGACCAGAGACUGCGGACACAGUACAGGAGAUGACCAGAGACUGCGGACAGUACAGGAGAUGACCAGAGACUGCGGACACAGUACAGGAGAUGACCAGAGACUGCGGACACAGUACAGGAGAUGUCCAGAGACUGCGGACACAGUACAGGGGAUGACCAGAGACUGCGGACACAGUACAGGAAAUGACCAGAGACUGCGGACACAGUACAGGAAAUGCAGAGACUGCGGACACAGUACAGGAGAUGACCAGAGACUGCGGACACAGUACAGGAGAUGACCAGAGACUGCGGACACAGUACAGGGGAUGACCAGAG